AUGGACCAAUACGCCAUAUAUCCCAGUCUUCGCGGCAAAGUCGUCUUGAUCACGGGUGCCGCAGAGGGCAUUGGCGCCGCCGCCGUGGAACUCUUCUGCAGACAGGGCUCGCAAGUCGUCUUCCUGGACAUUGCAGACGACUCGGCGCGCAAGCUGUUGGGCCAGCUGACCUCGGUCGGGGGCGUCACCACGCCGACCUUUAUGCACUGCGACGUCACGGACCUCGACUGGCUCCAGGAGUGCGCGCAGGCGGUGCUCGCGCGGUUUGGCCGCGUCGACGUGCUCGUCAACAAUGCUGGCUGGGCCGGGCCCGGCUCGCGCGUGCCCACGAGCCAGGUCACGCCGGCGUCGUUUGCGCUCGACGUCAACGUCAACCUGCGCCACCAGUUCUUCCUGACGCAGCACAUCGCGCCGGCCAUGCAGCGCCAGGGCGCCGGGAGCAUCAUCAACAUGGGCUCCAUCACCUGGCGCAUCCCCGCGACCGAGGUCCCCGUCUACACGACCUGCAAGGCCGCCGUCGUCGGCAUGACCAGGACGCACGCCCGCGAGUUUGGCCGACACGGCGUCCGCGUCAACAGCAUCAUGCCGGGCUCCAUUGCCACCCAGCGGCAGAUCGACACUGUGCUCACCGACGAGUACAAGGCCGAGAGCCUGGCUGCCCAGUGUCUGAAGCGCGUCCUGCUGCCCGUCGAGGUCGCCAGGCUGAUGUUGUUCCUGGCGUCGGAUGACUCGAGUGCCAUUACUGGCGGGAGCCAUGUGUGCGAUGGGGGGUGGGUUGGCGAUACUUAG